AUGCUCAAAAUAGGAAUCCGUCUAUUAUUUCUGCUGCUAACAAUAUCUGGAACAAUUGAAGCAGUUUGUCGCGACACAGAGACAUGUAUAGAAAGAAUCAAGAAAAUCGUGACUGAACCAAGGAAAUUCUGGUUUGCCGAACAACAUUGCUUGAAUCGACAUGCAAAAAGUUUUGAAUGUGGAGGACCAAAACAAUUGGAAAAUUUUCAUUCGAUUGGAACUCGAUUAUUUCGCGUUAAAACAUAUCAUUCAGCAUAUUUGAAUAAUUUGGCAAUAUUUCCACGUGUAACGUAUCGCGCAUCUCCAGGACAUUAUGAAGCAUGUGAACAUCAAUUUUUCAGUGGAAAUACUUCUGCUGUUGAAGUUGAUCCAGAUAUGGAACCAGUUGAUCCAUUCAGAAUCAGGAAAAGACCAGAGGUUCGUUUUUAUUGAGUUUUUUACAUCCAAAUAAAAAAUUUCCAGAUUUCAUGGAGUGAUUUACAUUUCGAUGAUCAAUAUACAAUUGUUUUCACUGAUGUUGGUUAUGGAACAUUGAAUUAUCUCGCAGUUGAUUUCCCAAAAAAUACAAAAGUUCUCAAAGAAUACGAGCCAACUGCCAAUUUCCGUUCGAGUCCAAAUCCAAUCGCUGUUAUUAUUUUCCGAAAUAACGGGAGAGAAAUUGAAAAACCAAAAUCUGACGAGGAUUUCGAUUUGAAUUCAUUUAUGCUGGAAAAUCAACUUGCAGAUGGUGAGAUAUCUAGAUGAAUCAUCAUUAAAUUUAAUCAAGCAAAAAACUUUUUAAUUCCAAAAGGAAGGGAAAAAAGAACAAACAAACAAACAAACAUUUUCGUACCAGUUUUGAUUAGUUUUUUGCAGCUUGGGUGUUCUAAUUUUAGAAUGCGAAUAUUUUCAGAUCUCGUCGGACUUUCAAUCAUAAUUUCGGGAAGUGAUCCAUUCGCAAUUGGAAAACAGAAACUUUCUGGGAAACUUGAUUAUUGUCACAGUCUUCUAUUGACAAGUUGGUUUUUUUGGAGAAAUUCCAGCCAAAAUAAUUUUUCAGAGUUCUCUCAUCCUUCUUCACGACAAAAUGUUUUACAAAAACUUCCUUUGGAAGAAAUCGACUCUUGGAUCACUGUUUCCUAUGAACAGGAACAUUUAUCCGCAAAUGUUUGCUGUCAAAAAGUUAAGCUACCGUAAGUUUUUGCAACUGAAGCUUGAUAGAAAAAUAUAAAUUUUUUCAGAAGAAAAAGGGUUACAUUAGAUCCAUUGGGUGAUUUAUCAAUUUCUGCGCUCGCCACAAAACUUCCACCAACAGUUUUAUCAUUGAGAAUGACGUCAAAUCAAGAGAGCAAUGGAAAUUAUCAUCGACAAACCCGAAAUAAUUAUGUUGGCUGGAGCAAUUUAUUAUUCUCUCUUGCAAUUGUUGACGAAAAUCAUGGACAUCUUCAUUAUCUUCAAGUUGAUAUUCCAGCUGUCAAUUUGAAUAUCGAGAAAAUUGGAGGAAUAACUGUGAGUAACAUACAUAUUCAAGUUUUUUUUGCUCUCAUGAAAAGAGGACAAAUUAAAUUGAAACAAUAGAGUAGCCCAUCCUACGAAACAAAAACGGAAAUUUAAUUUUUUUCUCGACUUCAUCCAACAAAUGGGGAUUUUCUCUAAAUAAAAAAGUAUUUUUUUUUUUCCAGAAAGCUGAAUACCUCGCCCUGAUUCCGAAAAAGCCAUCAAGUUGCAAUUCCUAUGUCUUCCUUCUAUUCUCACAUUCUCAUCCAAUGAAAUCUCUUCCGGAAUUCUGUAGUUCUUGGUGUGACCAAAGAAGACAAUUCAAACCGGAUUUAUUCAAGCAGCAAAAUAAUCUGCGUCUCUCAGCGUUCUCAACUGUCUCAUCUUGUUAUGAUCUACCGUAUGCUUAUAAUGUUUUAAUGCACGAUUUGAAGCAAAAUCGAUCACAGGAACAAAUUGGUUAUAAGAGGGGGGAAAAUGUCGACGUAAGUUUUGAUUUUUUUUUUUGAAAUUGGGGGAGUUUGGGUAAAUAGAAAAACAGAUGCUUACAAAAAAAGUUUUUUUUUUAAUUUGAGUUUUACGAAAUUCUUGACCUCAAAUUUCCAAAAUAAUUUUGAGGGUAGUGAAUUACACUCAUAAGUACCUCGUUCAGGAAUCUGAUACAGAAAAAUUUUUCCCUGAUUUCGUCUAAAAAUGAGGGGAAAUGGACAGUUUUUAAAAAUUUCGCUCUGAAUUUUGGCUUGUGGAAAAAAUUUCGACCUGCAAAUUCAGGUUCUGAACGUGGUAUGAUUACACUGUGUGAAGAAGUUGUGACAUUUCCUGACUCGAAAUUUUCUUGUGAACAAAAAUUUCUUGACUUUUUUUCUACCUGAAUCAACGUCCCCCUCCCCCCUCUCCCAGAAAAAAUAUUCCCAAAACUCAUUUUCCAGUUCUUCUCCACUGUCAACUGA